GGAGCACCUGAAGGCAUCAGAGGUUGCCGACAAACGAAAGUGAACUUUUCCUGCUCGCUGCCACUUGAUCCUGAGAGAGAAGCGACAUUAGAACCUGAGCGCGGUGUCUACACGAGGACAGUCCACUGGGUACCCGGUCUCAUCAUGGCGCAUUACAGAGCUCCAGACACCAAGAGGGAGCAGUUCCGCAGAUACUUGGAGAAAGCUGGGGUUGUGGACAGCCUCACCAGUGUACUCGUGGCUUUGUAUGAACAACCUGAAAGACCCAGCAAUGCUCUGGAAUUUGUGAAGCAGCAUCUGGGAGCUGUAGGCCAGACCUCGGCCGACACUGAGCCUCUGCAGCAGGAGGUGAUUGACCUGAGGCAGAGGUGUGCGCGUCUGGCAGAGGAAAACAAAGACCUCAAAACAAAGCUGCAGCGCUAUGAAGCUGCGUCCGAAGCUGGACCCCCAGCUGAAUAGACCACAGCAGAGAUUUGGUUUAUACACCUGCACUUUAGAUUUCAAGACAACACUUUCAUGAGACAGCCAGUGUUUGUUUUAUGUAACCUUGCUUGGGUUUUUUGUUGUAAAUCUUAGAAUAUGACUUAUUCUCUACAUGUACAUAAGUUGGUCUUCUUUUUUUACAAGACAGUGUUUCAGAGGCCUAUUGAAAAGGUUCCAUAAAUAAUAUUUGGUCAAACUGCUGAUAGUAUGUAUAUAUUUUCUUCAGUUAUGGUUCAGAGGCACAAACAGUGUGUGACCCGUUUAAACUUUAUUUUAAAAAGCCUGCUGUGAGUGAACUGUUCUAAAAAAGCUCUAAAAUAAAGCACAGUAUUGUAAUUAA